UGAGGCACAACACAACACAAGCCAGUCGGUGGACGAGGAGGAGGGCCCGUCAUUUUCCCGCUGCUGCUGUUGCUACUGCUGCUUGCUGCUGCUGCUGCUGCCGCCGCUGUCACUGUCGCUGUCGCCGCUGUUGGUUAUGGCGACGAGUAGCUCCGAUGGCUCCUGCACCGCGCCCGCGGACUUUCAGCUCUCGUCCGAGCUGGAGGACGCGUCGAGCCGUCUGAGCAUGAACCUGCUCAAGUGCCCGUUGUGCCAUAACAGCCGUCGUAUUUUUUACUGCCGCCAGUGCGUCCAAAAUGGGGAUUUUAUACAUUCGAACACCGUCUACUCGGAACGGUUCGCGGACAAACAGAUGCGGCUGGUACGGCUGAAGGCCGCUCGGGCUCAGCUAGAGGAGAAGUGCAUGAAGGCUCUGGAGAGGCACAAGCAACGAGAUAAACUGAUUUGUGAUAUAAAUACGUGUAAGGAAAGGGUGAGACUGCUUCAGUCUCUAGUGAACGAAACGAGGCAAAGUAUCAGUAGAGGUAACCAACGUCUGAACGUUUUGAAGGAUGUCAACUCCCAGUUGACUCUUCGAGUGCCACGGCACGAGGAUAGAAUAGAGAAACUGCAUCGCUAUGUUAAUGGCUUGAAAGUUAAGCAGGAGAAACAAAAGGAAGCCGUGGAUAGAAAAAGGGAGCAGCUGAAGAAAGUUAUCAGAACUGCUGCCAAACAAUUGAUUCAGUACAUUUUUCCCUUAUCUAAGGUCCAACCAAAUAGGAGUUUGUGCAGCAGCGAGGACAGCGACAGUGCCACUUCGGAUAUCCUUACUAGCGCAUUAGCGGAUGCAUCAGGUACAUCAUACGUACGGGGUAGAUGGAUUAGCGAGAAAGAAAGUUCUCUGGAAAUCCAUCAUUGUAUAGUUGAACCAACGUUGCCAGCGACGGGAGACUACAGCGCUUACUCCCUUUGGGUUGCAGCAAAUAAAGAUGGGGUGCCAGGUGCGAACAAGGAAAACGCGAUGCACAAUCCAGCAUAUAAUAUUAGUGCUGCUUUGACGUACGCUACACAACUGGUUAAUGUUCUUGCCUAUUACGUUAACAUAAGAUUACCGUACAAACUUACUUGUGGGGAGUUUUGCGGGAAUGAGUUGUCGGACCAAAAAUUUGCUAGGAAGGUGGCAAGGUUAAAUAGUAACGUACUACAUUUGUGUCUUACGCAAAAUACCAAAAUAGAAGUUUUACAUCCCAUGCAUACAUUGCAAAACCUGAUGCAUUUGCUCAAUACUGAAAUCAGUGAUCUCGGAAGAAUUGGACCAAUGGAAGUUGAUCCGUCUGUAAUAGCACAACUUCACAAUCAGUUAGUUCCCGAUUUGGAAAAUAGCGACGAUUCAGCCUCCGACGAGGAGGACUUGUGCUGGGGAUGGGAGGCUGUAAGUCAUACUUCUGUAAGUUUUUACGUACGCUUCUGUAACGAGGUUCUCGAGAGUGGCGAGAACACGAUUGACCGAUGUAUUCACGACGCUGUAUGUAUGCAGGUACCAAGUAUCGCUUGUCCCGAAAUGGCAGUACCUGCUUCCGGUGCUAUGAUCAGUCAACAAUCUUCUAGCAUGCAAGUGCAUCAGAGUGUCGCUGGUGGCUUGGUAACGAGUGCAGCGGCCAGUAUCGCCUCGAUUUGGCGAGGUUGGACUAACAAAUAACUUUUUCCUUUCGACCAGUAAGUUUCUUUCGUUAUAAGCACGUAUUCACUUGUACAUUUCGAGUUCUUCAAAUCAAAGGGCAGAAACGCCGGAGAGGUGCUCCGAAUUAAAGGAAAAAAGAUAUUUAUAUAGUUAAUAUUUAUAUAUAUACCCGCGGGGACACGGAUAUGAUUGUGAAAUCAACACAUGUAAAUAUGUGACUUUCUUAACUUACACGUGACACUCAGAGUAGUUCAAAUACGCUGUGAACAGAUUCCGUUAGAUCUAAAUAUCUAACUUAGCUCGAAUCUAAAGUAAUCUAGAGAAGGAUUAAUAAACUGGCUGUUUAAUAAAUUUACAGACAUUUUAUAUUUCAAUUGCACCGUGAAAAUAAUAGAUUAGAUUGUGAUAUAUUAAGAUGUAUACUAAUGGUCUACAAAACAAGAUGUGUAUGUUGAUUAGCACAGAUGCAUUACUGAUAUAUUAUAAAAUUUGUUAUGGUAGAACAUAUAAAUGUGCAAUGACUGCCUUUUCUAUGCUCAUCGCAUUUGAUGCGAUUAUAUAUCCAUACAAAUGAGAUAUGCUUCCCUCUUAAAUAUGCCAUUAAUAUAUUUUACAUUUGUGGAAUUCACUUGAUGCAGGAUUAGCAUUAAAAUCCGAUUGUGUAAAAUAUCUUGAGAUUGUUACCAAUCUUUUGCUAUUCUGUGUUUGGCGACAAAAAACUUUACAAUAACACGGAUGCGUUCAUUGCUAAAUGAUAAAUUAAUGUAUUUAUUUGAUACGCUAAAUGAGAGUGUUGAAAUAUUUUGAUUAAUUGUGGAUGAUAUG